UGCGGCUGCGCAGGCGGGAGCGGCUCUCCGAGCGUGGGGAAGAUGGCGGCGCUGGACAGCGAGCAGGUGGCUAAGGCUGUGAAGGCCCUGCAGGCAUACGUGAAGAAAAGCAGGAAAGAUGCAGAGCUAUUCCUGAAUGAAAAUGAGAACAUAAUGCUGAAUGUUACAGUGUGGAAGAUUCCAAAUCGGGAGCAAACAAUCAAAAUAAAUCUGCCUCAUGGAAUUCGAUCAGAGUCAAUGGAAGUUUGUCUCUUCACCAAAGAUGAACCAAAUAUGACUGCAGAUCAAACAGAGAGAUUCUAUAAAAAGCUUCUCAGCAAGCAUGGCAUUAAGAAUAUAACACAGGUCAUUCCCUACAAGACACUGAAGACUGAAUACAAACCAUAUGAAGCAAAACGUCGUUUGUUGAGCAGUUUCGAUCUGUUCUUGGCUGAUGACCGAAUAAGACGACUUUUACCUUCCCAUUUGGGCAAACAUUUUUACAACUCUAAAAAAGCACCUCAGUCGGUGAAGCUGACUUCAAAGAAGCUUACAAAAGAUCUGAACAGAUUAAUCCAGGGUACAACCCUUUUUGUGAACAAGAAAGGCAGCUGUUAUGCCUCCCGUGUAGCUCAUACUGGAAUGAAGUCCCAGGAAGCAGUGGAAAAUGUUAUUGCAGCAGUUCAUGUUAUUGCACAGAAGUUGCCCAUGCAAUGGAAAAAUGUGAAGGUUCUUCAUUUGAAAACACCAGCUUCUGUUGCGCUUCCCAUUUAUGCAUCUGGGAUGCAGAACCUUCACAAUCUGCAGGAAAGCCUUCCAAAGGCUGCCCACACACAAAAGAAGCAGAAGAAGACAAAAGUGUUGAAUUUAAAAAAUCCAUCUUCUGCUGUUGGUCGCGUUCUUGUUAAGACAGUGGCGAAGAAGCCAAAAACAUCAAAGCCUUCUACUGCCAAUAAACAUGCCACAGAAGAAGAAAUACCACAGCUAGUUCCCAUUGAAGAGCAAACGGUCACAAAGAAGACAAAAUUGCAAGAAUUAAAUGGAGAAAACCACACCACUCCAAAGAGAAUCAAUGGAAGUAAGAAGUCAGUUGGUAAGAAACAACAAAAAUUAAAGCACAAAGAAAGGCAGAAAGCACCAAAACAGAAUUCGGAGAGCCAAGGACUACAAACUCCACCUUCAUGAGGGAAAUACCUUCAGACAUAAAACCUUGAAAUGAAAAUCAAUUCCUUAUUUGAGAGUACUGUAGAGAAGGAAACUGCUUUAGAAAAAUAUGAACAAAAGUCAGUAGGAGAAAAAUUUAUGAAGUCAGCAAUGAAAACUCCUAAACAAAAACAAGAGAGUCCAUGGUCUGCUUGAGCCUUGGUGGCAGAAGCCAAGUGAGACUGAGUGUAUUUUUCAUACAAUGUAUGAUUUUAAAACAGCUAGAAAGACAUAAAUCUUCUGUAGCCUUUACAAAGUUCACCUUUGAGUAGGAUGUAGAUCCUUUAUUCAAAAUUGGUAAUAAAUUCGUUGCUAUUACAAGUGGUUUGUCAAAUACACAUGGUGUUGAAUCUCUUUGUUUAAAUAUACAUGACAUUGUUUAAUAAUUUAAAUGACACCUGUUUGUUGUUCACUGUGGAAACAAUCUGAAGAAAGUGUCUUAUCUUCAGAAGAAUGGGCAUUGUCACCAGUGCAUAAAUCAUGGGAAUUGAGGAAUAACGUGCUAAGUUUAACAGAUUUAUGAGUAUGAAUUGGAACAGCUGUAACUAACAGCAAAUUAGAAACAAAAAGGUUGCUGAGAUCUUCAUUCCUUUGUAAACUGUCACCAGUUAUUGCUAUUUCUAAUGUAAUAGUUUAUGUAUUGGCCUAAUUGUGCUGUAUUCUCCCUUAGUUAUCCACCAGUUUCCAGCUAAAGUGUAUGGACCUGAUCAACAGUUAUCUUAGAGCUGAUGAUAACCGUUAGUAAAAGGAAAAUAUUACAGAUGCUGGAAAUCUGAAACAAAGACCCAAAAUAAUCAGGCCAGGCAGCAUCUGUGGAGCUGCUGUUAAUGAGAGUCGUCAUUACCUGAAACAUUAACUUUUUCUGUUCCCAGAUUGUAUCAGAUCUCAUUUCUAUAUUGGCUUGAUUUCAUCCUUAAUUUUGUUUCUUUUCCCUUGUUCUCCUGUAAAAGAGCAUUACACAUCAGCUUCAGCAGGCUUACUAAUUGCUUAACAGUGAUAGGUGCUCGGGAAUAUGAACCUGUGUGCAUUACAGGGAAUACAUUUGAAGUCGCAGUCAAAAUGGAUGAAAAGACAUUAUACACUGUGGGAAAGUAACUGUAGGGUAAAAUUGUCAAGGGUUCUCCCUUUUUAAUUUUUGCAUCACUUGUUCCCACUAACUUUCAAUUACACCACCCAAGCAAAAACACUUCUUUUAAUGCAUGUGUCAGAAGCAAAUAAGACAAGGCAGACUGUUAAAUUUUAAUGAUCUGUUUGUGUCUUGAGGGAAAUCCAUUGCAGGAUUUAUACAAAGCUUGUAAUGCAUCAGAAUUUGUUCCAGUGCUAUUAACUGUGCGUCCAUAUAUGUGCUGAACUUGGCUAAUCCUCAUUCAUGCUUACCCUGUGUAAAUAUUUCUCAUGAGAACUGUCAAUUGAAAUGUAAGCUCAAGUCAACCGUUUGUUUAUUAAAAGUAUAUCAGGCAUCCAGAAACCAAAUAAAACAUUUUUAUCCUGUUGUAGCUUUGUAUUUGCAGAUGUAUGUUUUGUCAUUUUUGAUUUUUUGUAAGAAACUAGGGUGU